AUGAAGAACUUUGGGGAAAUUUGGCUUCACAUUAGAUAUAAAAACGAAAAACUUUCAAACAUCCCAGUAUCAUGUGACAACAUUCAACCACUUAACACAGGAUUCAACGACUACUAUUCUGUGUGUUUGACAUCAGAGACAGUUUUCAACACCCUUGCCUUUCGAGUCUCAACUUUUCAUUCUACAUUCACGACAAAAGAUGAAGACUGA